UUUGCCCCGUCUGGCCGAGAGGAUGAAAGUCAUCACGUGCGAGAUCGCCUGGCACAACAAGGAGCCGGUGUACAGCCUGGACUUCCAGCCGGGCCCGGCCGGGAGGACCCAUCGGCUGGCGUCCGCCGGCGUGGACACUGCAGUCAGGAUCUGGAAGGUGGAAAAAGGACCUGAUGGAAAAGCCAUUGUAGAAUUUUUGUCCAACCUCGCUCGCCAUACUAAAGCUGUCAAUGUCGUGCGUUUUUCUCCAAAUGGGGAAAUUUUAGCAUCAGGGGGAGAUGACGCUGUCAUUCUGCUGUGGAAGGUGAACGACAACAAGGAGCCCGAACAGAUUGCUUUUCAGGACGAGGAUGAGGCCCAGCUGAACAAGGAGAACUGGACAGUGGUGAAAACUCUGAGGGGUCACUUGGAAGAUGUCUAUGACAUCUGCUGGGCCACGGAUGGCAACGUAAUGGCCUCUGCCUCAGUGGACAACACGGCCAUCAUCUGGGACGUCAGCAAAGGACAAAAGAUCUCCAUUUUUAACGAGCACAAAAGUUACGUACAAGGAGUGACCUGGGACCCCCUGGGUCAGUAUGUUGCUACCCUGAGCUGCGACAGGAUCCUGAGGGUGUACAGCACACAGAAGAAACGCGUGGCUUUUAAUGUUUCAAAGAUGCUGUCUGGAAUAGGGGCGGAAGGAGAGGCAAGAAGCUACCGGAUGUUCCACGACGACAGCAUGAAGUCCUUCUUCCGCAGACUGAGCUUCACUCCUGACGGGUCCUUGCUCCUCACCCCAGCGGGAUGUGUGGAAUCUGGUGAAAAUGUCACGAAUACAACUUACGUUUUCUCCAGGAAGAAUCUGAAAAGGCCGAUCGCUCAUCUCCCAUGUCCUGGGAAGGCCACGCUGGCUGUCCGCUGCUGUCCUGUCUACUUUGAGUUGAGGCCAGUGGUGGAAUCAGACAGGCCUCAGGAGCUGGUGGACCUGCCCUACCGCCUGGUGUUCGCCGUGGCGUCGGAGGACUCAGUGCUCCUGUAUGACACGCAGCAGCCCUUCCCCUUCGGCUACGUGUCCAACAUCCACUACCACACCCUGAGCGACCUUUCCUGGUCCAGCGACGGGGCCUUCCUGGCCAUCUCUUCCACGGACGGCUAUUGUUCCUUUGUGACCUUUGGAAAGGAUGAACUUGGAAUACCUUUGAAAGAAAAGCCAGCCUUGAGCUUGGGCACUCCUGACGUCGCCAAGAAAGCCAAGAGUCAGACGCUCCCAGGGUCCUCGCCGGGACCCAGACUGGUAGAGGGGACCCCGGCCAGCAAAGCGCCAGACCCCAGCAGUCCCAGUACCACCCCGCCUCAGGCCAGACAGUCUCCGGUUCCCCCAGUGGCCAAGGACACCCCUGCAGCCACCCCUGCUGCCAGGAGCUCCUUGCCGGGGCCUUUGGAGGAGAAGAAGACCCUGCAGCCCAGCAGCCAGAACGCGAAGGCCCACCCGGCCCGCAGGGUCACGCUGAACACGCUGCAGGCGUGGAGCAAGACUACUCCCCGGAGAAUAAACUUAGUGCCUUUAAAGAUGGACACGUCCCCAAAUUCUGCACCGACCGGCGUCGCUUCCACCCCUUCCACAGAAGAAGUGCAGGCAGACCCGCAGGGCGCUCCAGAGCUCAAGCGGCCGAGACACAGUGAGCUCAGCGUCAGCAGCCCCAGCAUGGAUGCCUGACGCACCGCCCACCCCAGCCGAGGCUGACCGCUCCCGUCGGGGCUCCGGGACCCGGGGUACAUGGGCUGGCCUUUCCCCAGAAAGGCGUGGGCCCUGUGCCCGCUGUGCCUGUCACCUUGGAGACGUGGACGUGGCCUCAGACUCAGCCUUGCCCCGCGCUCCUGGCCCGGGCGCUGCAGCUCGCCUGGGGUGGGCCCAGCGAGCCAGCCCGCGAGACCCCACCCGGCGGACUCCCUCUGGA